GGCGCCCGCGGCCGAGUCGGCGCUGGAGAAGAACGUGGCCGAGCUGACCGUCAUGGACGUGUACGACAUCGCGUCGCUCGUGGGCCACGAGUUCGAGCGGGUCAUCGACCAGCACGGCUGCGAGGCCAUCGCGCGCCUCAUGCCCAAGGUCGUGCGCGUCCUGGAGAUCCUGGAGGUGCUGGUCAGCCGCCACCACGUCGCGCCCGAGCUGGACGAGCUGCGCCUGGAGCUGGACCGCCUGCGCCUGGAGAGGGUGGACCGCAUCGAGAAGGAGCGCAAGCACCAGAAGGAGCUGGAGCUGGUGGAGGAUGUGUGGCGUGGGGAGGCACAGGACCUCCUGUCCCAGAUCGCCCAACUGCAAGAGGAGAACAAGCAGCUUAUGACCAACCUCUCCCACAAGGACGUCAGCUUCUCGGAGGAGGAGUUCCAGAAACAUGAAGGGCACCCAGAGGCUUCUGGGGUCGAGCUGGAGAUUCCCCUGCUUGCCCCGGUGAAGCCCCAGAGGCCUCAGGGAGUCCUAGGCUGUGGACCCGACAGCCCUGAGCUGCUUCCUCUGCACGUGGUGGCAUCUGGUGGCAUCUGA